GUCAGUCAUUGGGAUCGCCGCGUAUGCGGAACGACUUUUUCGUCCGAGUAGGUCAUCUAUUUUAUAUUAUGUUAUCAUCUAUGCAUAGACCGAUAAUAAAUGGAAAAUGUGCUAUGCGCACAGAUAAUACAGUAUUAUAUAUCUGUGGUUAUGCGUCGUGCAACCAACCUAUAUAGUAGGUACCUAGACGACGUUUUUGAAUGUUUACAUACAAAAUGUUGCCAAGCAUGUUUUUUUGUACAAUUGCGUGUGCUGCAAUCACCAUCGCAAGAGCGUCGAACAUUUUAGUGUUUAUGCCGAUGCCUUUUAAAAGUCAUGUUCGUGGAUAUCAACCGUUGUUCGAAGAGCUGUCACGUAGGGGGCACAACGUAACCGUAGUCAGUUCGUACCCUCAAAAUCGUCAGAUUACCAACUACACGGAUAUAGGACCAUUUAUUUCCAAAGAUCAUGAAAGAAAUGUUAUGGAAAUGAUGAACAUGAACUUUGUGACGUCGGCUUUGUCGGUAUGGGACAUAGGCGUAAAAUUCAGCGAAGUCUUGACACAUAAAUCAAUGGUAGACUUCCUCCAAACGAAUUCUGUCUCGUUCGACUUAGUUAUGAUAGAAACGUGUUGUCAAGAAUAUACUGUAGCAUUGGGCCAUAAAUUCAAUGCACCUGUUAUUAAUCUGGUGCCGGCCAUGCUCUGGAGCACUAAUAGCAAAUGGAUACACGUACCUUCCACGUUCUCGUACAUACCAAACAUUCUUUUGGGAAUAACAAGUGAUAUGAGUUUCACGCAACGUUUAAAAAACACCAUUACUGGAGUGUUGCAGUUGUAUGUAGAAAAUUACUUAUAUUUACCUAAAAUGAAAGAAGUGAUGGAUACACAUUUCAUAUACAAAGGAUGGGAAUCCAGGCCUUCACUUGAAGAUAUGUUGAAUAAUGUAUCCUUAACACUAGUCAACUCUCAUCAUGCGGUCGGUGUAUCAAGACCAUAUCUCCCAGGUGUUAUUGAUGUUGGUGGUAUGCAUAUCAAAGAGUCCAAGUCUCUGUCUGGGGAUCUUCAAACUUUUGUAGAAUCGGCAGAGCAUGGAGUUAUUUAUUUCAGUUUUGGUUCGGUGAUUAACUUAAAUCACUUACCUAAAGAAAAAUUGAAUAUUUUUCUUGGUACUAUUGAAAAAUUAAAACAAAAAGUAAUACUAAAAUGGAUACCAGAUGGUAGCAUAAAAUUAUCUCAAAAUGUUCUGACUGGUUCGUGGUUUCCUCAAAGUGAUAUUUUAGCUCAUCCAAAUGUCAGACUCUUCAUAACUCACGGAGGAUUACAUAGUUUAGAGGAAACCGUUUAUUACGCAAAACCUGUUGUUGCUAUACCAUUUUUUGGUGAUCAGCAUAUAAACAUGAAAUUAGUAGAAAUUAAAGGCUACGGUAAGCUAGUAGAUUAUUUUGAAAUUACUGAAGAAUCAUUUGGAAAUGCCAUCAAAGAAGUAUUAUCGGAUCCAACGUUUAAAAAGAAUAUAGAAAUCCAGAGUCGUAUCUACAGAGAUCAACCGAUGAAACCUUUACAACGAGCUGUCUACUGGGUUGAAUAUAUUAUUCGGAAUGGAGGAGCUGGACAUCUAAAAGGUGACUCCGUGGGAUUAAAUGAUAUGCAGUACUUUUUGUUUGACAUAGUAUUUAUUUUACUGAUACCAAUUGUAUGUAUAGUUUGGUUAUGUUAUUUAUUUGUUGUGAGAAUUGCAAAUUUGUUUAACAUGUAAAAAGUAUACAAUCAGUGUUUUGAACCUUA